CCAGAGCUUCGGCAGGACCGGGCCGGGCCGAGGCCGGAGCCGCCCGAGCCGUCGUUGGGACCUGAAGGAUCCAGCGUGGAUCCUGUGUGCCUCCUUGGCAGGGCCCACCUUCCCAGCCAUGCCAACAGGCAGAUGAGGCUGGAGGCUCUGAUGGAGCAGCUGCAGAAGCAGCAGCUGCAGAAGCAGCAGCAGCGGCAGCCAGCUCCCCCACAGAUGGAUUCCCGGGAAAGGCAGGAUCGGCAGAUGAGAGAAGCCCAGCUGUUGUGCGCCCAGCAGCUGGCAGCCCAGCAGGUCAGUCUCACCUCCCCAUCUACCAAGGCUUCCGGGAGUCCUGCUGUGGGGCCGAUGGCCAGAAUUCCACCAGCAGCGGCAGCUUCUCAGGUCACAAACUCAGAAGCUGAUGAAGACGAGGAAGGGGAUGGAGAAGAUGCAGAGAUCACUGAGCAGGAAGCCCAGCGUUCUUCCAAGUAUUUCCACAUGCAGAAGAUGACUCGUCAUGACCCCAGAGCUACCCCCAUGUCAAAUCCUCCUCCUCUUCCAGCACCAGGGCUGCCAAGGGGGCUGCAUAUCCAAGAGGACCAUGCCAAAGAUGCUUUGAAAGCCCCCCCUUCAGUCUCAGCAUCUGGCCAUCCAAACUGGAACCUGGAGGAGCGACUUAAGCAGAAUGGUGGUUUGACCUGGAGUGAUGAUGCUGAUGGAGGACGGGGAAGGGAGAUCUCUCGAGAUUUUGCUAAGUUGUAUGAGCUGGACAGUGACCCUGAACGGAAAGAGUUCCUGGAUGACCUUUUUAUCUUCAUGCAGAAGAGGGGGACUCCCAUCAACCGGAUCCCCAUCAUGGCCAAGCAGAUCCUGGACCUCUACAUGCUCUAUAAACUGGUCACUGAGAAGGGGGGGCUGGUGGAAAUCAUCAACAAGAAGAUCUGGAGGGAGAUCACCAAGGGCCUCAACCUCCCCACGUCCAUCACCAGCGCAGCCUUCACCCUGCGCACCCAGUACAUGAAGUACUUGUAUGCCUAUGAAUGUGAGAAGAAAGCUCUGAGCUCCCCAGCUGAGCUCCAGGCUGCCAUCGACGGCAACCGGCGGGAGGGCCGUCGGCCCAGCUACAGCUCCUCCCUCUUUGGCUACUCCCCCACCAGCCCUGCUGGGCCCACCUCCCUGCUCUCCCCUCCAAAGAUCCGAUUCCCCAUCCUUGGACUCACCCCCGGCAGCGGCGGUGGGACUAGUGGCCCUCGGCUGCCCCCAGCAGCGACUCUCAGGAAAGGUGAUGGAGUUGCCAUGACAGUGCCCAUGCCCAACCGGCUGGCUGUGCCCGUGACCUUAGCGGGAGGCCAGCAGACAGGCCCCCGCACCGCUACCCUGGAGCAGCUACGGGAACGGCUUGAGGCCGGGGAGCCUCCGGAGAAGAAGGCAUCAAGGAUGACUGAGGAGGAGCAGCGGUUCAUGCAGCAGGCUUUCCAUCGAAACCUGUUGAGCGUGGCCCGGCAGCUCCCCAUGAAAGUAAAAAUCAACGGCAGGGAAGAUCGCUCCGAGGCAGCAGCAGCACUGAACUUGUCCACGAGUGGCAUCGGCAGCAUCAACAUGUCUGUAGAGAUCAAUGGCACCAUCUACGCAGGUGUGCUGUUUGCCCAGAAGCCUGUGGUCCACCUCAUUGCCAGCCCAGCCCCCCAGAGCACCUGUAGUAGCAGCAGCAGCAGCGGCAGCUCCCACUGCUCCCCAAGUCCUACCUCAUCACGGGGCACCCCCAGUGCAGAGCCCUCAACCAGCUGGGCCCUCUGAUGGGUCAGGAGGCCCAGCUCCCCACCUCAAGAGCCAGGAAAGGAGUUGAACAGUUUUUACCUCAUUCCCCAGCACCCACUUCCAAGAUCAUCCAGUUGGAUAGCAAGGGCCCCGGCUGGCCCAUCUGUCCAGCUCCAUUCAAGUCCUGCUGUGCCCCUGGGGAGGGAGGGGGAGCAGUGCUGUCCAAUCAGCCAUUGUCUUAGUUGAUGGGGAGUGACUGGUGUCUCCCAGCCUGGAGCAGCACAGUGUAUCGACAAUCUGAGAGCCGGCAGGGGAUUGGAUUCCCCUCCGUAAGCCUUCCCCUUAAUUUAUUUCCCUUCCAACUUGUUCAUCACCAUUUUCACUGACUCAUCCUGCCAGCUCUGUCCUUAAGCUUCAUCUCUCCCCCAAGUCACGUGGGAAAGAUGAUCUCUAAGGGUGCCCUGCCACCUCCCCCUGUACCUCUACUGAGGGUAAGGGUUGGGCAUCUCCUUAUAUCCAUUCCAACCACCCCACCCCCUGGAGAUCUUGGAUUACCUGGUGUGUUUCACAUCCCCAGUAAGCCACAGGGUUACCUGCUCCAUUUUUAACUGUUGCACAGAAUGGGGCCUAGGGCCUGAGCAUAGCCUUGGGGAGCCCCAAAGCACUGCUGAGUUAUCUACUGAGGGACAGGAAUCACUUCUCAGGGUCUUGUACAAUCCAAAGUCACCCAAGGGUACUCACCUCAUCUCAUCCCAAGGAAAAUAUGCCCUUUUAUCAUCCCUAUCCUCCAUGGUCCUUCAAGUCCACGUGCCCCACACUCCACUGGCCAGGCCAUCCCUUAACUGUCCUGGCCUUCCCCUUGGCCCUUUCCACUCCCACACCUCCCUCCCUGCUCCAUCUAUCUCAAGGGGCCAACUCAGUAUCCCCACCCCCGGGUCACCUAACCUGCCUGCAUCGGGUUCUUUGAAAUACCUCAGAUUUGUAAUUGUUGAUGUUUGAUUCUUCAGGAAGUAUUUGCAUCUCUGAAAUCUUUUUAUAUGUGUUUUGAUGACUUGUUUUUUAUUUUUAUUAUAAUAAUUAUAAUUAUUAUUAUUAUUGUAGCACCAAAGAUGAAAAAAAGCACCCCAUCCCCAAAGCUAAGCAAAUAGCUUGGUAUCCCAGUCCUAAUGGCCUUUCCUCAGGACCACAGAGAAGGGGCAGGAAAGGCAAGAGGCAGAUGACUCAGGGAUAGGAGCCAGAGAGAGGAGAUGGGCAGCUUGGACUCAUUCCUCAUGCCAGCUUGGGUUUCCAGACUCUGCCCUAGGAGAUCAAGGCCCCUUUCUUGUCACAACUCUUCCGACCCCACCAUCCUACAUUCGAGGGCAGCACGUGCCCCGUUAAUGGCAUUGUCGAGGCCUCGGGGACCUUGUUGGUUGGAGCCAAAGAGCAGGGUUUUCUGGCUGCCCCAGGGCUAAGGACGUAGGUCUCCCACUUGCUUCCUCUUCCCUCUGGCCCUGUGGUCCGGAGCCUGUUGUCUGAAUGUUGUGACAAGAGGCACUUGCACAGAGCUUCGUGAACACUUCUGCAGGAGAGCGAGCACCUGCCAUCCUGCCGUUCUCAGCCCUGCAGAACUCUGGACCGUGCUGGCUUGGGUGGAGAGCACAGACAGCCAUCAGUCCAACUCAGGAAAGGAAGGAAAACUGCUGAGGAGCACGAGCACAUGACAGAUCUGUGUAGCCUAGCCUCCUGUCUUCAGCUGGGAUUCGUCUCCUGGCACUUGGAGAUCCCACCCAUGAGUCAGACCUUGUGCGGUGGAGGUGCAUCUCUAGAAACCAGCAUCGCCAAGACAGGAGUUGGGCUGGUGGUAGGGGCAACUCGGCCUUCCUCACUGCCUUGUCCCGGGCCCCCAGCUCGGCUGCAGCUCGUGUAAGCAGUGUGUAGCGUGUAGUUCUCAGGGGUUCAGCCAUGCCGGAUGGACUUUCCACCUGGAGGAAGCAGGAAUAGCGCAGGAGGUCUCUGCAGUCACUCGGUCUCCCCCAGUAAAGCCAGCCUGGCAUCACCUCAUCUGAGAAGGUCCCCAGCCAGACCGCAGAGUGUGGGGGUGUGCCAAUGGAGGACACAGGCAAAGGGCCCUGGCUCCAAGAUCUGCUUCCCCAGAAAGGACCUUUUUUUAAACCAAACAGUGAGGGCAGCCUUGCUCCCUCCUUCCCCCUCCCCCAUAUCUUAUAUAUUCUAACAAGAAGAUGUGAUAGCACAUGGGUAGCCUAGGCGGUGGAUGAAUACCUCAGAUGUCUUCUUACAGCAAGAGUCUGUAUAUGUUGUUGUUAUUUUCUAUCUUACAUGUUCUCUGAAUGUUUAUAUUCCAAUAAACUUCUACCUCUUCA